GAAGGUGUACACCUAUCAGUACCACAAUUACAAACAACAGCAACUGAGCAGGAGUCAGAUUUCGUCUAUAACAUGAUGGAGUAAGGAAAGUUGACUCACACGAAGUUGGUAGAGGAUUUCUUGACCCACUAAUAGCAGUAUGCCAACAGUGCUGUGUCUCCACAAAGUGAAUUAUCCUCAUGCAUGCCACAAUUCCACAGAUGUCUUCCCAGGCACCUAAUGCCCAAGCCUGGGGGCAGCGGAGGUCUCCCGCCUGGGAGUCGUGAGACCACAGGAAUAUGUCGAAGCAGCAGCAUCAGCAGUGGCAAUGUUGGGUCUGGAGGCAAGAUAAUGUCCCUGUCGUCCAUGAGUGAGAGCGUGCACAGUGGCCUGAGCUGUUUCUUGUCAGAACAAGCACUGGAGCAGGAAGAAAGACAGCAACGCAGCAGCCAGUUAGCAGAGUUUCAGCGUCUGAGAGAGGUCCGUGCAGCUGCUCAGCUCAAAAACCUGGAGGACUUCCUUCGGAUGAACCAUGUCUCACUCAGGGACAGCAUGGCUUAUGCUACAGGCAUGAUUUACAGAAAUCUUGGCAAAUCUGGCCUCAGGGUGUCCUGUCUUGGAUUAGGCACGUGGGUUACCUUUGGAGGCCAGAUAACAGAUGAGGUGGCAGAGGAGCUGAUGACUUUGGCCUACGAGAAUGGAAUCAAUCUGUUUGACACAGCAGAAGUGUACAAUUCCGGGAAGGCUGAAACUGUGAUGGGAAAUAUCAUAAAGAAGAGGGGAUGGAGACGUUCCAGUUUAGUCAUCACCACCAAAAUCUUCUGGGGUGGAAAAGCAGAAAUGGAAAGAGGAUUAUCUAGAAAACAUAUAAUCGAAGGUCUAAGGGCUUCGCUAGAGAGACUUCAGCUGGAGUACAUAGACGUGGUUUUCGCCAAUCGACCCGAUCCAAACACACCGAUAGAAGAGACGGUGAGGGCAAUGACCUAUGUCAUCAACCAGGGGAUGGCCAUGUAUUGGGGGACAUCACGAUGGACCUCCAUGGAGAUCAUGGAGGCGUACUCGGUGGCGCGACAGUUCAACCAGAUCCCACCCAUCUGUGAACAGGCAGAGUACCACAUGUUCCAGAGGGAGAAGGUUGAAGUGCAACUCCCAGACCUCUUCCACAAAAUAGGCAUUGGAGCUAUGACAUGGUCUCCACUGGCCUGUGGGAUCAUCUCAGGGAAGUAUACAAAAGGGAUCCCCCCUUAUUCACGAGCCUCGCUCAAGGGCUAUCAGUGGAUGAAAGACAAGAUCCUGAGUGAGGAGGGGCACCGUCAGCAGGUGAAGCUGAAAGAGCUGCAGGCUGUUGCAGAGCGACUAGGCUGCACUCUGCCCCAACUGGCUAUUGCGUGGUGCCUGAGGAAUGAAGGGGUGAACUCUGUUCUGCUGGGAGCUUCCACAACAGACCAGCUGAUGGAGAAUAUCAGAGCAAUACAGGUCAGAAGACAUACAGGUGGACAACAUUAAACGGUUCUUCCAAAGUUAUCUCUGUCCAUCAUAUCUGAGGUGGAGAACCUCUUGGGAAACAAGCCCUACAGUAAAAAGGACUUUCGAUCCUAGAAGCACCAGUGAUGAACUGUCACUACGAAAAAAGACGACUAUGAACGAGAGACAGCAACAGAGAAUCAUCUGGACCCUGUUUUCAGGGGACAUAUCAGUCAAGUCAAUGAUCACAUUUGCACUUAAUGCCACUUAAUAAUAUCAGGUUUACAAUAUGCUGUUUGAAAAUCUGAAGCACUGAAAAAACUCUGACUACAGAUUGUUGCCUCAGCAUGCCACAUAGUGCAACUCACAAAAUGAAUGUGUUGGAUUUAUGUGCAAUUGAACACAUGUUGCAAACCUACUGAGCACAAAACAUUAAGGGAUUUCAGUGUCAUAACGUGAGUCUUGCUUAAAUGCUGUGAAUAUUAGUAUUUUAAUUUAACUUUAAUUUUGAAUCACUUUUUUCAAGAUUGUUUAGUUUUAGUUUUCCACAGUUUGGGUAUUUUGUUUUAGUUACAUGAAUCUAGCAAUGUUUUAAUCAAUGCAUGUUUAAUCUUCUGUUGGACCUUUAUUAAAAUCUUUACUGUGACCUUUUGCCAAAUACUUUUCAGUGAAGCAUGAAGUUUUCCCUGAAAAAAGUACAAUAUCCAUAAGACGAUGAUUACAUUU